GUCCUCUCACACCACAGAGGCAACAUGAGGCUGUGGGCCAUCCUGCUGCUGGCUCUGCUGGCUCAAACCGUUGCUGCAGACGAGUCCUGUAUGGGACGCUGUGAGAAUGGCUUUAACUCUCAGAAGAAGUGCCAGUGUGACUCCAUGUGCAAGUAUUACCGGAGCUGCUGCUCUGACUUUGAGGUCACCUGUGGCAUGACGACUCGCGGAGACACGUUUGUGUUUGCAGAGGAUGAUGAUGGUGAGCUGUUUGAAGGUACCAGUCCACCGCCUAGACGUUCAGCACACGGCAAGGCUUUUGUUGUCAAUGAUCAACUGAAGCCAACACUGCAGCCCAUUUUAGAAUUUGGUCGCAGACCACCGCCCCAUCCAGAAACAGCACCAGAAAUGACCAAACCUCCUCGACUGAUGGAAACCAUACUUCAGAAAACCCCUGUUACACAGAAGACCCCAAUUUCACAGACAGUCCCACCUACACAGAUGAUUCCCAGCACAACUAAACCUUCUGCGACUGAUGCAGCAGCUGAGACGACCACUGUUCCCAUCACAACAGCUGCCACCACUGAAGCCCCGGACCCAGACGCUGUGGUCUGCAGUGGGAGGCCUUUUCACUCCUUCAUGCAACAAAAAAAUGGCUCCAUAUUUGCCUUCAGAGGGGAGUACUUUUUUGAACUGGACCAGAAGUCAGUGCUUCCUGGUUAUCCAAAGCUCAUAAAAGACGUGUGGGGCAUCAGCGGGCCAAUUGAUGCUGCCUUCACCCGCGUCAACUGUCAAGGGAAGACUUAUAUCUUCAAGGGAGACAAGUACUGGAGGUUUGAAAACGGCGUUCUGGAUGAUGACUAUCCUCGAGAUAUCGGCGUGGGCUUUGACAACAUUCCCGAUCAUGUGGAUGCAGCGUUUGCUCUUCCUGCUCCUGGGCACAAUGGAAAAGAGAAGGUCUAUUUUUUCAAAGGGGAUCAGUAUCACAUGUACGAGUUUUUGCACCAGCCGUCCCAUGAGGAGUGCAUCACCAUGUCGGAGAGUUCUCCAUCCACGUUGUUCAGGCGCUACACUGAACUGUACUACAACAACUAUGAACGUAGUAUCGUUGAGCUCUUCUCUGGCUUGCCUCAGCAUCACAACAAACACCACUUCAUUGACAGGGACUGGAAGGGCCUCAAGUCUCCAGUGGAUGCCGUCAUGGCCGGCAGAAUGUACGUGCCUCCCUUGAGGUCCACACGACGCCGCAAUGAUGCACGGCCUGACCAGCAGGGGGGUCAACAGCGAGGCCAGCAGUGGAACCAGCAGUACCAGCAGUAUGGACAGCAGUGGGACCAGCAGUAUGGACAGCAGUGGGGUCGAAGGAGGCAAAGCCGCUCACCCGGCUGGGGGUCCAUGGCUGAGCGGGGGAUGAACAUGGGCCAGGAAUUUGCAGAAAGGGGAAUGGAAAUGGGUCUGAGGUUGGCAGAGAGGAGGAUGGAGAUGCAAGAGAGGCUCGGACGAGACUGGGACAGACAGUGGAAUCAAGACUGGGACCAGCACAGACGAAGAGAUGGUUACCGUCAGAACAACAGAGGCAACUAUGACUCCAGAGACGACAGGACAUAUUGGGAGUCCAUCCAGGGGAUUCUGCCCAUACAGAGUGUCUACUUCUUUAAAGGAGAUACAUACUACAGAGUGGACCUCAGGACCAAGAGCGUUGACCUCGCCACGCCUCCAUAUCCCAGAUCCAUCGCCAAGUACUGGUUUGGAUGUUCAGACGCCUCUGGGGCUGAAAAGUAG